UUUACAAAAUUUUAAAAAAUACAGAAAUUUAUUAACGUUAUAUACAUAUAAAGGUAUGCGUAAGGCUGGUUCUCACUGAAGUCAAUCCAAGAAUUAAACAUCUUUUAUGGGAUAAUUAAAAUCUCCCAAGUGCGUAUCGAAAUCCGACUAUCAGUUCUGCCAAUUACCACCAUAAACCACAUCAACUAGAAACAACCUCACAAACAACAAUUAUAUUCUACGAACCGAUUGACGGCAAUAAUUAAAUUUUAAUCUUUCUUUUACACUAAAAAUUUCCCGAGAUCCAUCAGAUAAACAAAUAAAUUAGUCCUGCCUGAGUGAACAAAAUUUGAAUAAUCUCCAUUCGGCUAAAUUAAGAAAUUUACUGCCACAGUGUGACUGCCUCUUUAUUGUCAAUGCUCUGGUAAAAAUGGCGCAAGCACACCGUACCAAGAUCAAGGGAAAGCGCCGGUUUCCUCACACUUUGGUGGUAGGUAAAAUCCGAGCGGUGGUUAAAAUCUUCACGUACCUUUCACGACCACCACCAACUAUAAAGUCUCACUCUUUUCCAGGACGAUUCAGUUUAGUUCAGUCCUUUCGACCAUCAUCCUCUAACAACACUAUAACGAUGCUGUUCUACAUUGUCAGUGCCGCUGCAAUCUUCGUGGUAGUGAACGCCACUGGAGGCGGUGGAUAUGGUCAAUUGGAGGAGUCUGCCUACGGAGGACAUGGUGGAUAUGAAGGUGGUUUGGCUUUGGGCGGAUACGAAGGCAAUGAAGUCGGGCACGAUAUUGGAGGAGGGCAUCAUGAGGAAUUUGUGGAUUAUUAUGCUCAUCCCAAAUACCAUUACGAUUACGCCGUCCACGAUUUGCACACCCAUGAUAUCAAGAGUCAAUGGGAGACUAGAGACGGCGACAAAGUUAAAGGUGAAUACACCGUUGUGGAACCCGAUGGUUCAAAACGGAUCGUCCAGUAUACGGCUGACAAACACAGUGGGUUCAACGCAGUGGUCAAAAACGUCAAACCCGGAUAUUAGACAAAUAGACAAAAUAUUUAUUCUAGUUUUAGACAUUGUUAUUGAAAUGCAGUUGUUGAAUUCGCCCAUAAUAAAUCUCAUUCAUCAUUUUGCCAUACCACACGACAUGUAUAGGUUUACAAGAUUUUUGCGAAAUUUGUCUUGUAUAAAAAUAGAUACUACUCUGUGUUCAUGGUAACAUCGUCAUCUUUUCAUAUUGUUAUUUUGUAAAUUAUUAUAAGAUACUUAUCAGUAUUGUUGUAUAUACCUUGUACC